GCGGCGGUGAAUCAACCGACCCCCACCUAUUAUCAUCCCGCCGCACCCGCGCCACCCCCACCGCCGCCGCCCGCGCAGGAUCCCGUCCAACCCGACAGACCCAUCGGUUACGGAGCCUUCGGUGUUGUCUGGGCUGUCACGGAUCCCAGGGAUGGUAGGAGAGUGGCCUUAAAGAAACUGCCGAACGUCUUUCAAAGUCUCGUCAGCAGCAAGCGCGUUUUCAGAGAGCUGAAGAUGCUCUGUUUCUUCAAACACGAAAAUGUACUCUCAGCCCUGGAUAUCUUACAACCGCCGCAUCUCGACUUCUUCCAAGAAAUAUAUGUGAUCACGGAGCUACUCCAAAGCGAUCUUCAUAAGAUCAUCGUCAGCCCACAGCACCUCAGCCCAGAUCACAUCAAGGUCUUCCUUUAUCAGAUACUUCGAGGUCUGAAGUACCUUCACUCAGCCAGAAUUCUGCACAGAGAUAUCAAGCCAGGGAAUCUUUUAGUAAACAGCAAUUGCGUUUUAAAAAUCUGUGAUUUUGGAUUGGCCCGCGUGGAAGAGCCCGACCAGAACAAACACAUGACUCAGGAAGUGGUGACGCAGUAUUAUCGUGCUCCGGAAAUUUUGAUGGGUGCACGACAUUAUACGGCAGCCGUCGAUGUUUGGAGCGUAGGUUGCAUUUUCGGCGAACUUCUUCGCCGACGGAUUCUCUUUCAAGCACAGAGUCCUGUGCAACAGUUGGAAUUGAUCACAGAACUGCUAGGCACCCCAACCCUCGAGGACAUGAGGUACGCUUGCGAGGGUGCAAGGACUCACAUGCUAAGGCGUGCACCGAAACCACCCUCGUUGACGGCUCUUUAUACCCUCAGCAACCAGGCGACGCACGAGGCCGUCCAUUUGCUCUGCCAGAUGCUAGUCUUCGAUCCUGACAAGAGGAUCACCGUGGUGGAUGCCCUUGCGCAUCCUUAUCUGGACGAGGGAAGACUUAGAUAUCACUCGUGCAUGUGCACGUGUUGCUACACAACGAGUGCUGGGAUGAGACAGUACACUGGGGAUUUCGAGCCAGCUACUACUCAUCCUUUCGACGAUCUCUGGGAGCGGAAAUUGACGAGCGUGCAGCAGGUGAAAGAGGAAAUGCACAAAUUUAUAGCGGAGCAGCUGAACACGUCGCGCGUGCCGCUCUGCAUAAAUCCGCAAUCAGCGGCAUUCAAGAGCUUCGCAAGCUCGACGGUGGCCCAUCCUUCGGAACUGCCACCCUCUCCUCACCAAUGGGAAUAAAUCUUCUCCGUGGAAUAAGAAAAAGAGAAAGAGACAGAGAGGACAUACAAAAUAAGAAAAGAAAAAUAAACCACACACUAACAAAGAAUAAAAUGAAAGCCAGAAAGAAAGAAAGAAAGGACAGACACGUAACUCACAAGAAUGGACCCCGUGUUUUUCCCCGGUUAUAUUCCUCAGACGUAUUUCUCGUUUUUACGUCGGUCGUUUGGACGAUGAUCUUCUUUUCGAGAAAAGAGAAAAAUAGGAAAGAAGAAAAGAAGAAAAUGUCAGAA